AUGGAACAGGUCACUGAGCACGAAAGAAACCCGUUCAUUGACGGUGUCAGCUAUAAUGCAGUACCACUGCACACCGCUGUGCUACUGGGCCAUACAGCUACACUGCACUGCAGCUUCAAUGACUUGUCAGCAGAUGAUGUUCCUCCUACACUCAGAGGUGCAGAGAUACCAGGUAAAGCAGGGAAGCAGAUGGAGCUAAGUUGUACCUCUUCAGGAGGCCAUCCCCCGGCUCAACUCACCUGGUACAAUGGAACGGAGGCAGUUACGGGGCAACAUGUGAUCCAGAAAGAAAGUGAAGGUCGAGUAGAGCUUGAUCUUAUCCUACGGCGUCUGACCAAAUGGGAUAACGGUAUGAACCUGACCUGCAGAGCGAGCCAACCGUUUCCGGAGAUCACUUCAGCUCAGGAUUCCUGGACUGUUUUGCAGGUGUACUAUCCUCCAAGUGUCACUGUUCCCGUUCCGUCGGUACGUGUGGUUGAGGGAGUCACAGCGGAUCUGACCUGCCUGGUAGAGAGUAAUCCACCUGCCACCAUCAGAUGGACAAGACCCGGUCAUUCUGCUUUGCCUAAUGACAAUAUUGGGCAGAAGAUAUUCCGGAUUCCCAGUACUUCUCACCAAGACGCAGGGGUUUACCAAUGUACGGCAGAUAACGGCGUUCAACCUGUAGCUGUAGGGACUGUGACUCUAGAGGUUCUGUACCCACCUUUGAUCAACCCCUCUAUGGACGACAAGGUUACUGCACUCCAAGAUGAUGAUGACUUCUCACUUAACUGUCUUGUCGAGGGAAAUCCGAAACCCAAAGUAAUGUGGCGGCGGAAGAAUACAAAGUUGCACUGGAAAAACCCACUCCGGUUCAACCGGGUGCGCUACGACGUGGAGGGGACGUAUCAAUGCGUAGGAAUAAGCGAUGGGUUCCCUCAGACGACUAAGGAUGUUUUCGUCGAUGUUUUAGGAAAACCCUACAUGGAGGGCGAAGAAGACACGACAAUGCCAUCUGCAUACACUGGAGAAACUCUUCGGCUAGGUUGCACAGUAGAAGCCGACCCAUUGCCACCACGCAUCAAUUGGAUAUGGCGAAAUAACUAUGGGCAGGAGACAGAAUUAGAUGAUGCUGAUUUCCGUAUCGUCACGACCAGACGAAAUCAGGAAAUGACGUCGUCACUGACUAUACAGAAUGUGGCUAUGAAGGACAGUGGAAGCUACAUCUGCAAGACAACUAACAUGUUUGGUUCUGCCAAGCGAGACAUGCACUUGGAGGUCAAAGAGUCUGCUCCGAACCUUGUCAUUAUAACUUCUAUUACUGCUGGAGGGGUUCUAGUGGUGACCGUCGCUGUCAUUCUAGUAGUCAUCGCGAAGAAAAAGGGUUGGAUAUGCAAGUCUCACCUUGACGCCCUUCGUCCGAUGCCUCCUGUACCGAAGUACGUGUACAACACUGGCACCAUUGACUCCGGUGUGGAGGACCUACAGGAGCUACAGGAGAUGUACGGUACCCUCAAACCACGUCCUCCGCCACGGAUGGAGAAGAAGUGGGAGUCGGUUGGGCUUUCCUACUCAGUUGACGGUGUCAGCUACAAUGCAGUUCCACUGCCCACCGCUGUGCUACUGGGUCAUACAGCUACACUGCACUGCAGCUUCCAUAACUUGUCGCCAGAGGAUGUUGUUAACUGGCUAGGACCACCACGUCUUACCCAAAUAACAUCCGGCCGACGAGUAGAUCCAAAGUACCCUCGUCAUCAGGUUGUUGGUGACGAGAAGAAAGGAGAGUUCCAUCUACUUAUUCAGGAUGCUCACCUCGAGGACGGAGGGACUUACACAUGUUGCAUCUUCGGUCUAACACCUAAAGAAGCAAAGUUGACUGUAGUAGACCCACCUUUGAUCAACCCCUCUAUGUACGACAAGGUUACCGCUCUACAAGAUGAUGGUGAUUUCUCACUUAAUUGUCUUGUCGAGGGAAAUCCGAAACCGAAAGUAACGUGGCGGCGGAAGAAUACAAAGUUGUACUGGAAAAAUCCACUCCGGUUCAACCGGGUGCGCUACGACGUGGAGGGGACGUAUCAAUGCGUAGGAACAAGCGAUGGAUUCCCUCAGACGACUAAGGAUGUUUUCGUCGAUGUUUUAGGAAAGCCCUACAUGGACGGGGAAGGGGACACGGCAAUGUUAUCUGUAGAUACUGGAGAAACAGUUCGGCUUGGCUGUACAGUAGCAGCCGACCCAUUGCCAUCUCGCAUCAAUUGGAUAUGGCGAAAUAACUAUGGGCAGGAGACAGACUUAGAUAAUGCAGAUUUCGAUAUCGUCACGUCCAGACGAAAUCAGGAAAUGACAUCGACACUGACCCUACAGAAUGUGGCUGUGAAUGACAGUGGAAGCUACAUCUGCGAGACAACUAACAUGUUUGGCUCUGCCAAGCGAGACAUGCACUUGGAGGUCAAAGAACCUCCGAACCUUGUGAUGAUAACAUCUAAUCAAAUCAAAAUCAAAACAUUUGUUACUGCUGGAGUUCUUCUAGUGGUGACCGUCGCUGUCAUUUUUAUAGUCAUCGCGAAGAAAAAGGGUUGGAUAUGCAAGUCUCACCUUGACGACUCAUUUGACCUGUCAGCCUCCCGCCCGAUGCCUCCUGGCACCAUUGACUCCGAUGUGGAGGGCCUACAGGAGCUACAGGAGAUGUACGGUACCCUCAAACCACGUCCUCCGCCACGGAUGAAGAAGUGGGAGUCCGUUGGACUUUCUUACUCAGGACUAGUCCACUCUACGUCCCUCCAAUCCUAUUCGACUGAAGAGCAGUAGCACCUGGCUAUGUUCUCAUUGAUAAUGCACAUAGCAAUUGACAGGUCAUCACUGAUGGUUCAAUGAUACUGCUGCGACAAUGGUAUAUGGUCAGGGGAAAACGGCCUGUAUACGUGUACUGUAAAUUUGUGGGUCACCAACACGUGUUGGAAGGUAAAAGAAGUCGUGCAUUUUCUUCUAUUAAGCUGGCUGAAAAAAGGAUGUCGUUGAAGAAGUCUGUCGUUAUCGAUAUCGAUGUAUGUUGAAUUCUAUCUAUAGAUUAGGAAACUAGAUGUAGACGAAAUAUGGACACGUACAUUGGUGUUUUAACGCUCAUUUGUAAAUUAAUAUCACCCUUAACACAA